CUCACAGAGCUUCGAUACAGUCACUGAGCGCUUCAAACGCUUCGGACAACAACAUGGACGUAAAGGACAUUCUGACUGAUCUCACUGUUCGUCUUGAUGAAACGAAGUAUAAAGACACUAAAAGAUUGAAGGCAAUUCUGAAUGGUUACCGUUGGACCAAACCUGACUCCGCUUACCACAUAAAGGGUUCCUUUGAAGAAAUUUACAAAUUGUCUCUGAAGGUGAAUCACCAGCAAGAAGCCUCUUCUGUUCCAGCCAAACCAGUGGUUGUACCUGUUGAUCAUAUGAAGUACAUACAGCAGUACCAUAAAGAUGAGCUUCAACAAAUUUUAGGGAAGAGUUUUAGUCUGGAAACACAGCACAGCAAUGGCAGCGUAAAUGUGACCAUCAAACCAAAACAUAGUGCAAUAAGCCCAGUUCAUGCUGCCCUUAUCCGAAAGCGCUUCAUCACAUUUUACCAGAGAACAGUCUCAGAUCUGCAGGUUACUUCAUUCUCUGUUAGACAACAUGACGAGAAAGUUUUACAGGAACGAUUCCCACAUCUCUUUUUUCAGUCAAAACACAAUAAUGAAGUAACAGUGAUCGGACAUUUUCUGCAAAUUGCUACAUUGGAAGAGUUCCUGAAAGCCGAGAGCACCACCCUAAAUCACAAAGACGUGUCAAGGAACAAAGCCUCAAGAGCUUCAUCUUCAAGGAGCAAAAACUCCAAAGUUGAAACCUGUCCAAUCUGUAUGGAUGUCAUUGUCCUGAACAAAAAAGAGACUUUGCGAUGCAAGCACUCAUUUUGCAGAGACUGUCUGAAAGAAGCUUUUGGCUACAAACCUGUUUGCCCUACAUGCGGAGAGUUGUACGGGACGUUGAUCGGGACACAACCUGAAGGUGGGAGAAUGAACGUCACUAAGGUUAAGAGUUCUUUGCCUGGAUAUGAGAAAUACGAAACGAUAAUCAUUGACUACUACAUUCCAAGUGGCAUCCAAAAGGAUGAGCAUCCAAACCCAGGUCAGCCGUACGAAGGUACAUCACGUACCGCCUACCUUCCAGACUGCCGUGAAGGCAGAAGGGUUCUGAAUCUACUUACCCGAGCCUUCAACCAGCGACUCAUCUUCACUGUUGGCCAAUCCUCCACAUCUGGCCGAAAGAACUUGGUCACAUGGAACGACAUCCACCAUAAAACCUCAAUGCAUGGAGGACCAACUCAGUUUGGAUACCCUGAUCCUGAUUAUCUGAGCCGUGUUCGAGAUGAGUUAAAAGUCAAAGGAAUUGAAUAAGUCUGUUUGCAGAUACAACACCUAGUAUGCAGAUUUUUGUACUUUUAAAAAGUCACAUGUUAGUAUUGUACAGAGGAACACUAAGAUGUAAUGCCGCAUCGUCAUGUUUUAAAAGCUGCAUUGAUGUUAUUAAUCAGCUCUUUGUCCUUGUUAACACUUCUUAAUAAUAUUUUUGUCAUUGAACCAAUCUUUGAGCUUGUUUGGUAAAUGGUUUCUUUUGAUUGGUGUCCACCACAUAUAUGAUAACUGCUUCUUUCGAUGAGACUUACUGUACUUGUGGAUGGCUUUAAUUCUUUCACGUUCAUUACAAAGCAGGAUGGAUGUGGCUUGAAACAAAUUGUUUCACAUUUUUUUUUAAGUUUUUAUGUUCAGAAUUUUAUUGGGAUUAAGAUCUUGUUUAAAAAAAAAAAAAUUGGGGGGAACCUUUUAAAUGGCACGAUUUGUCUGAUGUAUUAAUCACCUCAGUUCA